AAAAAGUCUAAGUAUUAGAGUUUUUCAGAUCAAUAUUACACUUCAGAAACAUGGGACAUUACGUCCAUUUUAGUGUAAAAUAGAUAAAUAGGGAGAAUUUGCUUCUGAAAUAAAAUUGAAUUUUGGCGAUUAUAGAUAAUAUCAUGCGUAUAUAAAUGGAAUAAUCAGAUUGUCACUCAAUGUGAUAAAAGACUGCGAAAGCUUGCACAAUGUCGUACGAUUUAAAAAACAAAGUUGUUUUAAUAACCGGGGGCUCAAUUGGUAUAGGUGCUCAAGUGAUAGAGUUCUUACUCAAAGAAAAUGUGAAGUAUGUAGCAAACUUGGAUGUGGACGACACUGGCAUUGCCCUACAAAACAACCUAAACAAGAAGUAUGGCGAGGGAAAGGUGAAGUACAUCAAAUGUGAUGUCAGCGACGACUCCCAACUGUUUGCUGCCUACGACACGGUUAUAAAAGAACACGGAUACAUUGAUGUAGUCAUCAACAAUGCUGGCAUUAUGAAUGACUCCAAAGAGAAAUAUAAGAAGGAAAUUGAAGUUAACGUCAUUGCACUCACUACAAGCACGAUGAAAGCUCUAGAGAUCAUGCGAAAAGACCAAGGUGGACUAGGAGGUGUUAUAAUGAACAUGUCGUCUAUAGCGGCAUUGUUUAUAGACCCACUAAUGCCCAUAUACUGCGGCACCAAGAGCUAUGUACUUCAAUUCAGCACAUCCCUCGGACAGCCAGAAUAUUAUGACAGAACAGGAGUCCGAGUGAUAACAAUAUGUUUUGGCGCAACCGACACUACUUUACUCCAGAAAACAAAAUUGGGAAAUUUCGAUAAAGUUAUUGAGAAAGAUUUGGUGGAUAAUAUCAAAAAGCACAUCUUUCAAAAAGUGGAAUCUGCAGCUAUAGGGGUGGUUGAAGCUCUAAAGAGAGGCGCAAGCGGCAGCACGUGGUUGUCAAUAGCAGACAAGCCUGUGCGUGACGUCACUGAUGUCAUAAUGAAGGGCUACGGAGUAUUCAGUACACUUGUAUUCGAAUAAAAUAGAAAAUACAAAAACAAGCUUUUAUUUAACCCGCUCGCUCAAGUGUUCGGCUGGCCUAUUCAA